AUGGCUGAGAACCCGCCCUCCGCCGGGGACACCGACCCCGAUCCCGAGGCGGCCGAUCCCCUGCAACUAACACCGCAGAGCGUCACACAAGCGGUAGAGCGGAGGAAGGCCAUAUUGCUGAGUGUCUGGGGUGGUAUCCCUGAAUUCCAUCGUCCUGACCUUCUGGUGCGCCACUCCCAACUCAUAACCCCGAAUUAUCCAUGGCAGGACGGAGAAGAGGACUCGUUGAAGCCCCCCUAUAUAAACCUCGAGGACAUGUGCAAGGUGGAGCCCCUCCUCCUGAUGCUUAAUUCCCGGGCUACAGUCGGCUCUAUUCCUAAGACGAGGACGAAUGCGCAGAGGUGGGAUAAGACUGGCAGAGACUACUCUCCCGGCGAAGGCCUCUGGGUCCUCGAGGUUCAGGCAUUCCGUUACGAGUUUCUCCGAAUGUGCUGCGAAGAUAUCCUACACGAUGCUGAGUCUCUUGUCAUCUCAUCGUACGAGGCUCUGUACAAGGCCCCCGAAAAGGCCAACUUCGACCGCCUAGAGUAUCUUGUUCGGGCGGUUGAGCGCCUACUUGACAAGGACAGCCAGCCGACACUAAGUUUCGGGAUACCGCAAGACGACCUGCUUUGGGGGGCGGUUAUCCGCAACACCGUUUUAAAGGCAAUUUAA